UAAAAUCCAUUACUCUUCAAACAUCCUUAAACCCCUAGAAAACCCUGACAUCUCCGCCGCUAGCCACCAUGGCUUUACAGUUAACCCGCCUCCGUCGAGCGCUAACGUCCCUCUCAACGCUCCACCGCUCUCAAUCCUCUACAAUAAUAACCCCAACUUCACCUCCGCUCCCUCUUCCCCAAUCGCACGUACAACCGCCAUUAAUAUGCUCCCCUUUUCAAACGCGGUUGUUUAGGGUAUCAGGACCGUCGCUAACUUCUUUAAAAGAUAUUAUGGUUGAUUUUGAAGGCUGUGACUUUAAUCACUGGAUGAUUGUUGUUCAUUUUCCUGGAUAUCCGGCGCCUACACCCGAAGAAAUGGUGGCUACUUAUGAGAGAAUUUGCGCUGAGGGACUUGGUAUUAGGAGACCAAUAUGAGAAUGGGGUAAUAACACGCAAACCAACUACAAACUAUGAUAUCCAGAUGAGACAGGAGAGGAAACCAAAACAUAAUCAUGGACGGAUCACCGACUGCUUUCCUAGAAAAGUCUGGGGAUGCUAUCAUGCUAUGUUUGACAAGACUGGUAAACUUUUAAAAUAGAGUGUGUUUAGUAAAUGAUGUCUUGGAUAUACGAAAAUAUGAGUAAUUCUACUCCUAUCAAUAGGUAUAGUUCGCGUCUGCGAACCAUAAGUCGCGCUCGCGACUUAAGCCUGUCGCACCCGCGUAUUUCUUUUUUAGAAGACUGUUUUAAAUUACGGAGUUG